CACUUGUUUGAUACCCUACGCUUCUUUCUCAUGUCACUCUCUCACUGCUUCUUCCUCCCAAGCGAUCGUAGCAGAACAAAAAAUAACAAAAAACCAAACAGGUUAAUUGUGGAAGAUGGGUAGUGUUGUUAGAGCUACGUUGAAGAAAACAAAGUCUAGUGUUUGUUUAUUUCAGACAAGUAAUGGUUUUUUGGGUAGAAGAUUCUUUUCUACUGAAGCUGAAAAGCCACCACAGGAUUCAACACCUUCUUCACCUCCAUUUUUGCAAACAAACAAUUCAGGUUUGACAUAUGGUAGGCUGCUCGGCGUUCAUAAACAUGCACUCAAAACAGAUAUCAUCAACUUGCUUGAAGGUUGUAAUUUGACUCUGGAGGAUGUUAAAAUGGAAUACAGCCGUAGCUUCAACCCACUUGCAAUGAUGGUGCAGUUCCCUACUUACAGUGCCUAUGACAAUGCUAUACGCGUGAUCGUAAGAAAGGGUCGUUUGUACAAGUUGGAUAGGAUUGAUCGUUCUCAAUGGGACAUUGUAACUCCAUUCGACGGAAGAACUAUUUUAAUUCAAGGACUUCCCCGUAACGUACAAUUCGCAGACGUGGAACGGAUCGUGUCUGGUUAUGAAUACGAUACAUCUUCCGUCGAAAUUUUUAUAAGAUCUGGAGAUGGUGCCGAACCGAUGAAAAUGGCGACGAUACGGUUCCAUUCAAGGACUCAAGCAAUGAAUGCAUACAUCGCGAGGAACGGAACAUAUUGCCUCAACAAUCGCAUUUUGAUACAAGUUCUUCAGUAAUAAUACUAAUACAAGUUCUUCAUUGUGCUGGUGUUGUAGAAGCACUUAUUUGUAGCUUAAGAGUAGUGAAAUUUAUGAUGUUUAUUUGUGAUAUGGUUAAGUCUUUUGUUAAUGGUAUGAUGCAUGAAAAUGUAAAAAUUGUGGCAAACUACUAGUGACCAUGAAUUAAAACACUUGACCAAGCAAUAAUUUGGUUUGAUUGAUCACAUGUUUAAAAAAAUCAUGUGUUGCAAUGUUAUUCAGUUGAGGUUUUUGAAUGA